UUUUUGGACGCAAUUUGUCGUCAAUUCGGCGACACUUUUGACGACAAUUUGAGACAACGAUUGCGACAAUUGGAAGACAAACAUCAGAGCGCGCUCUCCGCCCGUCCGCCGCCCGAAGUGCGCCCGAAGAGCGCCGACAGUGCGCCCAAUAGUUGCCGGAAACGGAAGUACGAGUUCGCGUGCGAUUGGAUUGGCUGUGAGUUCGUGACGAACCGGAAGUCGCGACUUCGCGCGCAUCUCAACCGCCAUUGCGGUCUUCGACCGUUUCGGUGCGAGAAAUGCGGAAAAGAGUUCGUCGGAAAGGAAGCGCUUUCCGCUCACGAGAAGGCCGUCCACUCGACGCCCACCGCCACCACGUGUGUGGCGAUAGAGUGCGCGCGACGACAGCGCCGCCCUGUAGUCGUGGUUCGCGAGGAGCGGCCCUUCGCGUGCCCUUCGUGUGACUACCGGUCGCGCACUCGACAGGCUCUCCGCGAACACGCGUCGACGCACGCGCAGAGGUGAUCUCUGAAAUGCGAUUUCUGCGAAAAGCGGUUCAAAAACCGGAAACAGAUUCGAAGCCAUGUUUUGACGCAUUCUUCGGAUCCGCUCUUCAAGUGCUCGGAAGACAACUGUUC